CCCCCCUGGAUCCGCCACUGAAUAAAGGUCACGCUUUUAUACAAAAACAUUUCCGCUUAACAUGUUUAUAAAUGACCGCAGAGUUAUACAGCAUUGUUGGGGUCACUCAAAUAAUAACGAAUUGUAUAAGCCCUUUGCAAACCAUCGGUAGUGGAUAUAUCCCGUGUUAUAAGUAACUUUGUCAGUGGAGCUAGUAAUUCGAAGUCAACAACAUGAAGAUGCAAAUGUCUAAACUGUUUGAGGUGUUCAUCGUUCUUGCGUCCUUUUCUAGUACGACGGCGCAGAAUCCGAAAAGGACUGUCUUCCAAGGAACAAUCGUCGGAAAAACGGUGCAAUUCGAUGAGAAUGAGUUCAUAAACAUCACGAAAUAUGUCGACGCUUUUCAGGGUAUACCAUAUGCCGAUCCACCAGAACGGUUUCUGCCCUCUACUCCCAAAUCUCCUUGGUCUGGUGAUUUGAACGCGACAUCCUUCAAGCCAGCAUGCGCUCAGGCGCCAUCUUUCUACUUCCCUGAGCAGGACGAAGAUUGUCUGUACCUCAACGUGUAUGCUCCGAACCCAAAGCCUAGUGGAGCGGCAGUUAUGGUCUACAUUCACGGUGGAUCGUUCUCCUCGGGAUCCGCCAUGGUCUACGAUUUUUACGGUGUCCCAUUGGUUGCCGUUGGUGACGUCAUCGUAGUCGUCCUGAACUACCGUCUCGGAGUAUUCGCGAAGUUCACCACAAAAAGUGAUGCUGCUCCUGGCAACAUAGGGAUGUUAGAUCAAGUUGCUGCUUUACAAUGGGUUAAAUCUAAUAUUGAAGCAUUUGGCGGUGAUCCAAACAGAAUAACGAUAUUUGGAGAGAGCUCGGGUGCAGCUAGUGUUAAUUUUCACCUGCUUUCAAAACUUAGCCAUGGACUUUUUCAGCAAGCCAUCAUGCAGAGUGGAGUAGCAUCCUCUACAUGGGCUUUUGAAGAUAAUCCCGGGAAAGAGGUAGAGAACGCUCAUAAGUUAGGACAGGCAUUUAGCUGUGACUUGACACCGCUGUCCGAUCUAGUAGCGUGCUUGCAGGCAGUGGACCCUAACGAACUAUGGACGGUGGCCAAUCAGGUAUACGAUGGGUCCUACCAUAUUUACGUCGAUGGUAUGUUCUUGGAAGACACACCACAGAAUCUCUACGCCAAAGGAGAGUUCACGCGAGCACCAAUUCUGGCCGGAGUCACACAGGAUGAGGGUACAUAUGACAUCUGGGUGAAGUUCUUCUGGCCAUACGCUUACUCUGAGACACCACCCCCAUUCAACCAAUCCCAACUUGAGGACUACCUCAGGAGUGGACUGAGGAAUGAAAAUGUUCUUUCUUCGGAUAGUGCGGAUAUCCUGUUGGAUGCUGUACUACAUGAAUACAUCGACUGGACGAUUGCCGAUGAUCCUGACGCUGACUUCUUCCAGCCUGCAGUGGAUGCAAUUGGGGAUGUCUCCAUAAAGUGCCCUAUGGAUUCGAUCCUGAGGGCCCACGUAUCUGCCGGCGAUCCCGUCUAUAAAUACGUGUUCAAGUACCCAGUUACAACAAUGAGCUACUUCCAUGUGGUUGGUGUUCUUCCUCUCACCCCAUGGCUAGGUGCAGGGCAUGCAGAGGAUCUUUUAUACGUGUGGGGAGUGCCAUUCAUCGACCAACUUGACAACGUCCAUGGCCAAAACGUGACAGAUGAAGAGAAAACCCUUGCAGUCGACAUGAUGCAAUUUUGGACUAACUUUGCAAAGACUGGAGACCCGAGCAAGUCGGAUGCCGGUCCAGCACCUGGUGAAGGGGACUACGCAUGGCCCAAGUUUACAUUCCCAGAUUUACGUCAUAAGAUCUUGGAUGUUCAGUUGGGAGAGGGAAGGUCUGACAGGUCGGGAGAAUGCCACUUCUGGAACCACUAUUUUCCGCAACUGAAGUUUUCGACUCAAUCACUUGAGGACUCCCAAAGACAAUGGCGAGCUGGAUAUUCAAGCUGGAUGGCGGACAUACAAGAAUGGAGGACAAGUUUUGCUUCUUAUAAAAAUGGCUGUUCAUAGGCAUUAUGCACAAUGUUAUUGCACCAAUGACAGUGUAUGAACAACAACCCCUUUCUAUUUUAUCUGUCGUUUGGAGCUUACGGUUUUUAAUAGAAUAUUGAUAUUUCUUCAUCAUUAUGAAUUAGGUUUUAUAAUAUUAAAUUUUAGUUGAAUAUUGCUCGAUCAUUGCCUCAGCUACAAUUAAUUUGGAUUUAGAGGAUUGGCAACUCGUUUAGAUCACUUAGUGUAUUGCAUUUUGUAAAAAAAUCAAUCAGAAAAUGGUUAUAGGUGUGCGUACUUCAGGAUGUUCCUGUUCCUAAACCCAAGUUUACGGGUGAAUAACUCGAUUGUUUCUAAUCAUUCUUUGAUUAGUGUAAAUAUGAUUGGAGAACUGAUCGUCUCUUCUUUCAUAUGAAACCAAAAGCAUGAUAAAGAAAACGUGCAUGACCUAUUUCAGAGAGUUUGAAAUGGCAGUGUCGGAAACCCAAUUAUCCAAAAUGAGUGGAUGGCUAUUAAGUUUGGGCCUUAAUGAUUUUGAAAAGACAGGAAAUGACGUGGAACUAAUAAUUGUAAAACAUCAUCGAAAGCUCCUAUUCUCAUAUUUCAUAUGAGACCAUAAUUAUCAUGGAAGGAUCACGCGUGGGUGAGCAGGUAACAUAAGCUACAAUAGGUAAAACAAAUGGUAUGUUGAUGUCCAGGGGGUAGGUGUCCUAGAACCCUCCACCACACCAACGCAAUACGACCUCCCCCUACUUACUCGCUGCCAGCCGAAGAUGGCAUGGUCCUUAAAUUAGGACGCCCACCUGUCUUAGGCUGGGUCAUAGGGCUGGUGGCGUCUAAGUUCGUUGAAAACGCCAUCUUCGACGGCUUGAAUCAAGUGAAGGGAAUAUAAGGAGCCGGCGGGCCUGAUUCUGGACUAGUGUCGUAUGAAAGAAGAGAACAAAUAGAAAAUGUACACGCUUUCGAAUAAAUAACGUGGAAUUAUUGAGUAAUUAACAAAUUAGUUUACUUUUGUUUCUCUUUUAUGGGGACAUACUGUAUUUAAUGGAGUAAAUGUAGUUCUUAGUCCUUUUUAAUACCUGGGUUUUUUCUGCUGAUUCUCUCAUCACCAUUUUCGAAAUCUUUACAAAAUUAAAUAUCUUUAAAUUAUAAAUUAGUUCCCUUUGAUUAAAGCUCUAUGUAUUAACUUUUAGAAUAGUGAUGAUUAUACUUACUUGAAUAAUAUUAGACCUAUAUCUUAUGAAUUUCAUGUUUGUGUGUAUUCUCGUAAGCUUCAUAAAAAUAAUGUUUGUAAUAUGCCAUGUAUUUCAUGUGCUUCUAUUGUAAACUGAAUGUUAUUCAGCUCUCGGGCUGCUAUUUUGAGUAUUUUCAAUAAGCCAUUUAAUGAAUAAAAAAUGUAGAUUGAUUAGAAAAACAGAGAGAAACAAAUAUUCCAUAUAAAGGGAAAAUGUUGUCUCUGCAUAAUUUCUGUUUUAAUGGGUUUUCAGGGUUGAUAAUAUUUUCUAUUUUCAUACUUAUAAUAAAGAUAAUAGGA